AGGAAGCUGAUAUGGCUGUAGCCGGAUUUACAAUAACAUAUGAACGUGAAAAACUGUGUUGAUUUUAGUACACCGUGGAUGACUUUGGGUGGGAGUAUUUUAUUUACAAGACCAAAAAGUCAAAAACCAUCAUUGUUUUCAUUUCUUCAACCACUUUCACCACAAGUAUGGUUAUACGUGGGUUUCACAUAUUUAGCUGUGUGUUUGUGCUUAUUUGUUGCUGCCCGUCUUUCUCCACAUGAAUGGACAGCAACACAUCCUUGUGAAGAAGGUGGCGAUACAAGAAAAAAUCAAUUCACACUAUUAAACAGCUUCUAUUAUAAUGUAUCUGCUUUACUGAAUCAAGGAACUGAACUUGCACCACACGCUACUUCAACACGAUUGUUAACAGGAGUUUGGUGGUUUUUCGCCUUGAUUAUUAUUGCUACAUACACAGCUAAUUUAGCUGCAUUUUUGACAGUUGAAAAUAUGAAAUCACCCAUUGAAAGCGCCGAAGAUUUAGCUAAUCAAGAAAAAAUUAAAUACGGAACCUUGAAAAGUGGAUCAAGCCGUGAUUUUUUCAGAACCUCAUCUUUACCAACGUUUAAGAAAAUGGGUGAAUUCAUGGACAAAUAUCCAGAUGCUACUGUAUCAACCACUCAAGAGGGGAUUGAACGUGUUCUACAAGGUAAUUAUGCCUUCAUUUUAGAAUCAACCUGGAAUGAAUAUUAUGCUCAGAGAGAUUGUCGUCUAACGCAAGUUGGAACAUUGCUUGAUUCUAAAGGUUAUGGGAUCGGAUUUCCACAAGGUUCACCAUGGAGGGAUCCCGUAUCGAAAUCAAUUUUAAAAUUACAGAAUGCUCAAAUUCUGGCAAAAUUAAAACGUAUUUGGUGGAAUGAAUUUAAUAUCACGGAACCAUGUUCUUUAUUACGUGAAUCAGGUAAAGCUCCAAGUCCAUUGGGUGUAGAACAAGUUGGUGGUGUAUUUAUUGUCUUACUGAUUGGAUUUUUUAUGGGAUUCGCCGUAUCGAUUAUUGAAUUUUUAGUUGCAACAAGAGAUCAGCAAAAGACAGCUGUUUGGCGUGGAAUGUGGAAGGAGUUGAAAUUCGCUACACGAUGUUUAACGACAUCACGUCGAUUAAGAUCAGACAUUCCUAAAUUAUCUAGAUCCCGUUCAAGUAAUCGACUUAUAUCAUCUGUACCAAAUAAUUUAAGUGCAAUAAAUAAUUCGCCAAAUUCAUUCGGUUUCAGCGAAAAUCAUAAUAACAAUAUAAAGCUAAAUAAUAAUACUAAUGUCAGUAAGAAUAUUCAUAUGAGUGGAAUCAAUUCAAAAAUUGAACAAGAUACAUCUAGAGACCAAUUGUUAAUUUCCGAAUCCAGACCUUUUACUUAUGAACAGCAGAAUCAGCAAAAUCAAGAAGGAACUUAUCGAACAGAUCAGAAAAGUGCAAGUCUACAAUGUCCUAGUUCAUUCGAUCAAAGUGAUAUAUCUGCAGGAAUAUCAAGUGAUCCACAGCCUCAAACCUACAACGCGCGUCAACAACAACACCAUCUUGCAUAUAACAUCCAGUCACAGCAACAUCACCCAUAUAUACAUAAUGAAACUGAUAUUAAGCGUUUUACGAUGCCACAAACUGUAGUUCGAUCAAAUUUCAACGUUGGAAUGACUAAUAUGAAUGGAGAUUCCGAACUAUGGCAAAUAAACCAACAGAAAUAAUUUCAAUUUGAAAAGAAAUUACUUGACGCGCGACUUUUAAAAAUGUUUUCAACACUGUUUAGUUUAUGCCUUAAUUUAUUGGAAAUCUGAAUCACUCUAAGGCUUGAAAUUAUCUACGUUACGUUUAAGAAAGCAAAAAGUUUUAAUUGGAAAAUCCCUUUCAGUUUCAUAUAAAAUGUUAGUAAUAAUUUUAUUCAACUUAUGUAACCUCUUUUUGUAAUGUUGGAUUUUGAAAAAAUAGUUGAAUUGAUUUGUUCAGUUCAGAACUACGAAUUAUAUAAAGUGAAUAUAAGCAAAUAAUGUAAAAUAUAAAGUUUCAUUUCUCCAAAUGAAGUUUGUCAAUAGCACAGAUUGACUAGAUCAAAUGUCGCAUACAAUUUAUACUAUAAACAGAUAUUAUUCAACGAAUUACUGAACUUCGUCAACAUUAACUUUGAUGAGAAAUAAUCAAAAUUGAGCCAAAAGUGGUUUAUUUGUCAGAAAGUGUAGUUUUUCAUGAUACAUUAGGGUUCAAAUUUGAUUACUAACAUUAUUUUCAUUUUAAAUAAUUUCAUAAUAAUAAAAAGAACGAAUAG